GCAUACUAACAGUACAAAAUCUCUCUCUCUCUCACCUGGGACAAUUCUUCCCAUGUCCAAAAUAAAUUAAUGGACAGCACAACAGAGGAGAGAAAGGGAAUAAAAGCCGGCGGUAAAUUUUCCCGGCCGGGGAAACGCGGAAGCCGGCAGCAGCCAAUUUUUUUUAUUAUUAUCUAAAUUAAUAAAUUAAAUAAUCAUGCAAUUACUAUAAUGUCCUUUAUUAAAUUGGAUUAAUAUGGGCUAUUGGAUUUUAAUGAGGUGCAAGGGUCGAGAUUGACUUAGUCAUAUGACUAAAGGACACCCCCCCCCCCCUAGUCACCUGAUCUUAGCCCCCUGGUGCAAGGUAGGUCGGGGCCGGGAGCAGGCUGAGGUUGUAAUUUCACGAAAAUGCCAACAGAAUAUUUCUUCACCGUCGACGCCACCUAUUUUGGAGGUAAACUUUACGUUCUGGAAGGCAAGGAUUCUGUCUACGUUCUUGAUGCACCUACUACCACUUCUCCUACUUGUUGGAGGAAACUCCCAUUCUCUUCCGUGAUGGCGUCACUCGUCGAGGAAAACCACGACUACUCCCAUCAGUCCAUCUACCUGCUCCUUCAUCCAGCUGGGGAGACCGCAUCUAUUUUGCCUUCUCUUACUAUUACGGCUAUUUUGAUCUAGGUUACGCCGAUGACUUUUUUUUUAUUUCUGAGUGAUAUUAAUGGAAAAUAAUAGUUAAGCUUACAAUUCUACCUAGGACCCCUAAAAGACUCUAAAGAAGCCACCCCGAAAAAACAAAAGAUUCUAGCUCUACACGAGACAAAAGAAGUGCUUUACGUGCCACUCUAUGGGCAGCACUAAAGGCGGAUCUAGGUACCGCCCUAAACUCUAUACAAACAGACAAAGAGCUAAGGAUCUGAAGACACUCUCGUAACACCGGACCACCAAUAGAGUCUUCUAAGACGCCUUGACGGACUUGGUUGACGACCACUUCGGAGUCACCUUCGACUAUCUCGUGGGCCAAGCAAUAUCCCUUGAUGUUGCAACCCGAACGCCAACAUAACAUGCCCGUCUGACCCACGGAUAAAAAGCCCAGACGAACACCCGGAGGCACAAACAGCUGCGUCGAUGUUGAACUUCAAAAAGCCUUCUGGUGGAGGGACCCAAGUGGUGGCAGGAAGGAAUCGGAGUAGAGAGCUGCGGGGAGGAGGGGGAAGAAGAAGAUUGGAGAUUUCGAGGACCUGGUUGUAGAACUGUCUGGUUAGGGUACGGACAUGAGGUUGGAUAAAUUCAAAGGUCACUUUACUUCUAGACUUCCAUAUUCUCCAAAGUAAACAGACGCAUUGGAGAAUGUGGAAUAGGGAGGUCUCGGAGACCAUGACAUGUCGCCACCAUAGACUAAAGUUAACAGUCUGGG